CACGCGCACACGCACACGCACACGCACACGCACACGCACACGCACACAAUGAAGUAUAUGCAAAGUGCAAGUGUUGUACAUGGGAACUGAUGGAAUCCUGAUGCUGUGCUGAACCAAAUGCGAGGCAAUGACGGAACUGCGCGCAGGUAACAUCGCAAUGGAUGCGAGGCCAGCGUACAUGAUGUAGCUUUGACCGCGGCGCCACUGGAACGAGUGCAUAGCUCGGCGGUGCAGGUAGGAUCAGCUUGGCAAGACGACGCAGUGGCUGCACGGGUCGCUGCGAGGGCUACGUGAGGGUGAUAUGAUGAAAAAACGAAUAUGUAAGGGAUCGACGAGGUGGACAACGGCGGAGGGAACCUCACCCUGCAAGUGCUGAGGCGAGCCCCCUGGAGCGCCGCUCGGCCCUGCCCCUGGCGCGUGCAGGCUGUCAGCAGGCCCCCGCUAGCCGAAAGCGACAGUCUGAGCCUGCUCGCGCCACAGUGGUGGACAGGGGGAGCAGUACCCCUGCAGGCGCCCCCAAGUCGGCUGGCUGGGAAUACUGGUGGAUCAGAGGUGGCCGAGGUUUCGCCCGACGCGCCCCUCUGUGGUCCUAACCAUUACAAUUGGGCCGUUUACGCGAGCAAGUGGCUCAAUCCAUGGUAAGGUAGAAAAACAAUCAAAUCGGAGUACACAUCUCAUACAAACGUCUUGAUGCAACCCCAUAGAUCCAUUCCUGCAACGAGUUCCGUGAGGCACGCUUCGUUACUAAGUCGAGGUCCUAGCUCUACAAUUAGAUUAUGUCCGAACUAGGCUCUGUCCUCAGCAUAUGCAAGGAUCAGAACUGCAGGCCUUAAACAGCCGUCAAGCAGCGCAGCCAGGUCUGCCGAUCCCCUUUCCCGGGGCCCGUCAGGUCGCGCGCGUGAGGCUUCCCUGAGAUCCGACGUUGCGAAAAAAUGCAACAGCGCGAAAAAUCACGACUGGCACCCUGGAACCCAUCUGCUGCAUUCUUCGAACCACAUCGACCCGUGAUGGCCCAGGGAGAACGUCCAGAUCGCAGGCCUCGGCACCCCGAAUGCGGCACAGGCCUCAGCAGCGCAGCGGUGCACUGCACGAAGCUGCACCACUCUCUGAGGCUCCGCACGCGGGGCACCCGUGGGUCAGUGGAUUGCCCUCCUGGAUUGGCAGGGUGGCCGCGUCCACCAGGCACAGGCCUGGGACGGGGCUGGCUAGCCCAGACAUCCGACAUCUCGACGACAAAAGACACGAUUGGACCUUUCGCUCCGGUGCCGAAAUCGUCGGAGAGGUCGCAUGCGAAUGUCGCCACGGGAGGUAUCAGCGAAAAACGCCGGUCCCGCCCUACCAACACGUCUGGGAGCGCAACAGGGAGGAGCAAAAGGAAUGGAGGAAGGAGAGGAGAGAGGAGGAGAGGAGGAGGAGGAGGGAGGAGGAGGAGGAGGAGGAGGAGGAAGAGGAGGAGGAGGAGGAGGAUGGAGAACAGGCGAAGCCCUUCAGAUAUUCGCCUGCUGCCGCGUCGGGCAGCGAUGUGUGUGCAAAAGGGAGCGGCGUGCGGUUCGCGCCCCUCCCGCUGCUGGCUGCCAGGAGCGGCGGGCGGGGAUGACGGAACUCCUCC